CCUCCAGACGUCCUCAGCCAUGGCCAAGGGCUUCUUCAUUAGCAAGACUUUGGGCAUCGUGGGCAUCGCCCUCGGACUGGCGGCCCUGGCCACCAUCAUUGCUCUUUCCGUUGUCUACUCUCAGCUGAAGCAGCAGACAGACAACGCCGCGCCCAGCCCCUCCACGGCCAGCCCCCCGGGCGCCACCGCCACCAGCACCACCGGCUCCCCUGGUGCCACGACCAGCACCACCGGCAUCCCUAGCACUGCUAUUGCCAGGACCACCGGCUCCCCUGGCGCCACGACCAGCACUGGCAUCCCUGGCGCCACGACCACAGCCGCGCCACGGAACCCCUGGAACGAGCUGCGUCUGCCCAAGACCCUGAAGCCCGAGAACUACACGGUCUCCCUGCAGCCCUUCCUGCGGCCCAACAGCCAGGGCCUCUACGUCUUCCAGGGCAACAGCUCUGUGCGCUUUGUGUGCCUGGAGGCCACCGACCUCAUCCUCAUCCACAGCAAGAAGCUGAACUACACAGCACAGGGGGGCUUCUACGUCUCCCUGAGAGGGGCCGAGGGGGCCCCCGCCCCCGCCAUCCGUGCCACUUGGGAGGAGAAGGCCACAGAAUACCUGGUGGUGCAGCUCAACGACUCGCUGCAGGUCAACCAGUCCUAUGAGCUCCACAGCAUCUUCACCGGGGAGCUGGCCGACGACCUGGCCGGUUUCUACCGCAGCGAAUACCAGGAGGACGGGCAAACCAAGGUGCUGGCCACCACGCAGAUGCAGGCGGCCGACGCGCGCAAGGCUUUCCCCUGCUUCGACGAGCCGGCCCUGAAGGCCACCUUCGCCGUGACCCUCCUGCACCCGCCCGACCACGUGGCGCUCGCCAACAUGCCGCCGCAGGGCGUUGAAAAUGUGACCCUCAAUGGUGAACUCUGGACAAAGACAACGUUUCAGCCCACCCUCAAGAUGUCCACCUACCUGCUCGCUUUCAUCGUGAGCCAGUUCGAGGCAGUGAAGACUAACGAGAGCAGCACCCUGAUCCAGAUUUGGGGUCGACCGAAAGCCAUCAGCGAGGGGCAGGGGGCUUACGCGCUCAACGUCACGGGACCCAUCCUCAGCUUCUUCGAGCUGCACUACAACACCUCCUACCCCUUGGCCAAGUCAGACCAGGUUGCCCUGCCGGAUUUCAACGCGGGAGCCAUGGAGAACUGGGGGCUGGUGACGUACCGGGAGAACGCCCUGCUCUUCGACCCCCUCUACUCCUCCAUCGGCAACAAGGAGCGAGUGGUGACUGUCAUCGCUCAUGAACUAGCCCACCAGUGGUUCGGGAACCUGGUGACCCUCCGUUGGUGGAAUGACCUCUGGCUGAACGAAGGCUUUGCCUCCUAUGUGGAGUACCUGGGAGCAGAUGCCGCGGAGCCCACCUGGCAUAUUAAAGACCUGAUGGUGACAAACGACGUGUACCGUGUGAUGGCCAUCGACGCACUGGCUUCCUCGCAUCCUCUCUCCUUCCGGGAAGAGGAGAUCCAAACGCCAGCCCAGAUCAGCGAGGUCUUUGACUCCAUUGCCUACAGCAAGGGGGCAUCUGUGCUGCGGAUGCUCUCCGAAUUUCUUACCGAGGAGCGGUUUAAACGAGGGCUGCAGUCCUACCUGCACACCUUUGCCUAUGGAAACACCGUCUACGACGACCUCUGGACCCACCUGCAGAUGGCGGUUGACGAGGACAACUUCUCCCUCCCGGGAACCGUCAAGGAGAUCAUGGACCGCUGGACCCUGCAGAUGGGAUUCCCCGUGCUGAGCGUGGACACCCGCAAUGGAAACGUCACUCAGAGGCACUUCCUGCUGGACCCCAACACCACCGUUCAGCGACCCUCGGAAUUCAACUACAUCUGGAUAGUCCCUAUCUCCUGGGUGAAGUCAGAUAACCAGACAGGAAUGUACUGGCUCCAGAACCAAUCAGAGGCAAACGCCAACUUUAUGACUGCUGCUAUUCCCGACAAGUGGCUGAUCUGCAACAUCAAUGUGACGGGCUACUUCCGGGUGAACUACGACCAGGAGAACUGGAACAGACUCCUGGGGCAGCUGGAGAACAACCAUCAGGACAUCCCCAUUCUCAACCGUGCUCAGCUGAUUGAUGAUGCCUUCAACCUGGCCAGGGCAAAGUACAUCAGCACAGAACUGGCCUUGAACACGACGCGCUACCUGUUUCAGGAGAGAGACUACCUGCCUUGGGAAACAGCCCUCAGCAACCUGGGCUACUUCAAGCUCAUGUUUGAUCGCAGCGAGGUCUACGGGCCCAUGAAGAGGUACAUCAGGAAACAGGUGACUCCUCUGUUCCAGUAUUUCCAGACCUUCACCUCCAACUGGACCAUGGUUCCAUCUGGCCUGAUGGAUCAGUACAACGAGAUUCUCGCCAUCAACACAGCCUGCACGUACGGCAUCCCUGACUGCCAAGCCCUGGCUUCAGGCCUCUUCAAAACAUGGAGAGAAAAUUCCAGCAGCAACCCGAUCCCCCCCAAUCUGCGCUCCUCCAUCUAUUGCAAUGCCAUCGCCACAGGCGGAGAGGAGGCCUGGGACUUCGGCUGGGAGAUGUUCCAGAACGCCACCGUGGUGUCCGAGGCCGACAAACUCCGCGCAGCUCUGGCCUGCAGCCAGGAGCCCUGGAUCCUCCAGCGGUACCUGAAGUAUACCCUAGACCCCUCCAAGAUCCGCCGGCAAGAUGCCACCUCCACCAUCAACAGUAUUGCCCGCAACGUGUAUGGGCAGAACUUGGUGUGGGACUUUGUGCGUGCCAACUGGAAGAUGCUUUUUAGCCAGUAUGGCGGCGGCUCCUUCUCCUUCUCAAGCCUCAUCUCAACUGUGACUCAGAGAUUCUCUUCGGAGUUUGAACUCCAGCAGCUGGAGCAAUUCAAGAAGGACAACGCGGACGAGGGGUUCGGCUCUGGAACUCGGGCUGUGGAGCAGGCGCUGGAGAAGACCACGGCCAAUAUCAAGUGGGUGGCGGAGAACCAGGCGGGGGUGCUGCAGUGGUUUGAGAGGGAGAGCCAGUAG